UUAACUGACAGAAAGACCCGCUUUCGACUGUGCAGCACUUUCUACGGAGAAGCGCAAUGGAUAUAUCUUCAUAGAGAAGAUUUCUUCAAUUCCUUCUCAGCCAAGGAAGAAAGAGAGCUGCUGAGACAGUAAUGGCUGCUGUGUCGGCCAGCGUUGCCAAGCAAGCGGAGCUUUCACGCCUCAAUGGCAAUGCCGCCUUCAAAAAAGAACGCCUAGGAGCCGCGAUCGAUGCGUACACUGAGGCUAUCACGCUUUGCCCUGAUGUGGCUGUGUAUUGGUGCAAUCGAGCUCUCUGUUAUUUUAAGAGGAAGUAAUGGACUGGAGUUGAGGAGGACAGUCGAAGAGUCAUACAACUGGAUAGUUCAUCUGUGAAGGCUCGCUAUAUGCUUGGGCUUGCAUUGUUAGAAGGGAAAGAUAUUGCUGGAGGUAUCAAGGAAUUAGAGAAGGCUCUUGAUCUUGAGCGGCAUGCAAACUCUGGCGGGGACAUGGUCCAUGAUAUCUGGGAAGCUCUUGCCAGAGCCAAAUACAUGGAGUGGGAACUUUCAUCCAGCGAACGAGCAUGGCGGUUGCAAAAACUCAAGGUUGAAUGUGAAAAAGCUCUUAUGCUUCAUCAGUUUCUUCAAGAUCCUCAGCCGGAAGACUGCUUUCAGGCAUCACCAGAUGAUAAAGUUGACCAAUUUGAACUUUUGAAUGAAGUUUUCAGCAAAGCAUUGGAGGAUGACACACCUAGAGAAGUACCUGACUAUUUAUGUUGCAAUAUCACACUUGAUAUCUUCCAGGAUCCCGUCAUCACUCCAAGUGGUGUUACUUAUGAAAAAGCUGUACUUCUCGAACAUCUUGAAAAGGUGGGUAAAUUUGAUCCAAUUACAAGAGAACCUCUUGAUAAGGACAAGUUGAUUCCAAACCUCGCCAUCAAGGGAGCUGCUCGAGCAUUCCUGAAGAAGCAUGGUUGGGCAUACAAGACAAGCCAAGGGUCGUAGUUUAUUGCCAUGGAAUGCAGUUGAUGUACUUCAAGCUAUCACAGGUAUUAGUCUUGGUAGAAUUCUCUUUUAUGUUUGGUUUCCAUCUCUUUUUUUUUUCUUUUACUAGAGUGUAUAUAGAAAGUUGCUUCUUUUAGGCUUGUUUGGGGCAGUUUAUCCGCUGCGGAGGUGUUUUGAAAACGUCGUCUCACCAUUUGAAAACUUCGUUUGAGCUGCUUAUCCGAAAUGCAACUCGUUUUUUACACUAAACGCGGAAUGCGGGUUGAAUCCUGUGGUCCGCUUUUCUAGAUAAGCACAAGCUGCCCCAAACGCACCCUUAGAUUGUUCAUCGUGUCAUCUAUUGGACAGUUCAGUUCACUGAAUCAGAUUUUCUGACUGUUAUUGUUGGUUUCUAAUCUGGUUGAGUUGGGUUCACAUGGAAAUAAUGUUGUUGUAAUAUGUUUAUAGCUAUUGUUUUAUUGGCAUUUUUGGCAUGCUUGACUCAUUGUAUGUGUUCAAAUUAGAUUUUUGGUAAAUAUGGUUAAUUAAUUUUGUUG